ACCAGGUCUGAAGGUUGGUCUGGAGGCUUUGUCCUGUCCGUCGUCUCUGUCAUGAAAAAAAUAUUUCUGUUCAUAUUUCUGUUCAUGGUUGUGUGAAAAUCAUYUGAAGCAACAUGACAGCUUCGUUAUCUGUGGCUUCAUUGUAUGUGAAAUCUAAACUUGAGGUUAUAGUUGGCGAAAACUCGCUGUUAUCGCGAGUCUUAGAUAUCCCUCGCUCAUUUGUCAACAUGAUGAGCCUAAUCCCGUACAAAAUCUUGUACAGCAAGGAUGAUACGGCAUUGUGGACAAAAUAUUGGCGUUAUGGGUGGUCGCUUGUAAAGAUGCAACCAGUUGUAGAAAAUAAAGAAGRUGAAGCUCAAGAUGACGACGACCUGGCCGUGCGUGAUUCUUCCACACAGAAAGUGAACGCCUUCGCAAUUACACGUCUUUACUUUUAUAUUUUGGACAAUAGAUUUUUUGGCAUAACGAGACAGUCUUUAGAACUCUUACGCCACGAAAGUAAAGUUCUUGAAGGUUUGCAGGAUUKUGAGUUGUUGACGACGUUGAAAUCGUUAUUUGGAUAUCUGCCAGAGGAUGGCAAUCAUGUUGACCAACCACCAMCAAAUUUGARAACAUAUUCUAGUGUGAAAGMACUGCUCUGGAAGGCUUCGAAUAUAACUUGGAAAAUAAUUUCUGASAGAUUGUUCASUAGCCCUGURAUUUCAUGGAUUUUUCCCGUUUAUAAGUUUUCAGAUAAAAAUGAAUCUGCAUCAACAAUAACUCAACCAACAACUUCAACAACAAACUCAACGAUUGAAAAUGAAGGAAUUUGCCAGUCAAGUCCUCACACAACUGUUCCUUCUGCUGGUUCUCUGYURAUGUGUGAGACAGGUCUUCUUCCUCCAAUCAUCUCAGACUCAGGAACAUAUGCAUUAAGUGCAACUCAUGAYCUUCUUAAAGAAGCAGUACUUUUGUUUGUUCCUAUGGAAAUACUAGAAAAUACAACUGAACUUCUAAAAGACCCUUCRCUGGCUGUGACAUUAUCUCCCAUGUCUGCGUUUUGGCAGUUAUUUAACUAUGUUUCUAUUUGGGGUUUAGACAUCAUGGAUGAGAUGUGUAACCAACCAGAAAUUAAUUAUGUUGCCGUUGAUGAUGAUGAUUUUCAUUUUGUUGUCAAUGUUCCUAAGUUGAGGAGGCCAGUUAUGUUCAUAGGAAUAAGAUAAACUUAAGAAAAUAAUAAUAAUAAAAAAAAAGAUAAACUUGCUAAUACAAUGUACAGAAAGAAAAACAUUUUCUUGCAAAAUAUUGUACAUACUAGUUUUAAGUUC